AUGACUCGAUUUAUAUCCUUGUUCGAAUGUCGAGCUCUUGCCAAACGACGUUCUGACCAUGUCCCUUUAGAAAUCACCAUCCAGAAACAAUUGCUGAUUAAUCGAGGCAAAAGAAACAGAAAGAAGAGUUUUAAUAAAUUCAAGAAAGAAUGGCUUCGUGAUGAUGAGUGCGGGAACAUUAUUUCUGAUGCUUGGAAUUUGGACCCCUCUUGCAAUGUAAAACAGAAAAUUGCGGCUUGUUCUUUAAGUUUGCGCUCCUGGAGUUCAAAAAAGUCAAUUGAUUUCAAGGAUGAGAUUGGUUCUCGAAGAGAAUUAAUGGGAAAUCUUAUGAAGCUUCCUCUAAUCGAGGAUAAUAUAGCUGAGAUGAGAAGGAUCGAUCUGGAAAUUGAUGAACUUGAAGAUGGGGGUAAUGAUAUGCAACCAGUUCUGGAUGCAGUUGAGACCCGAGUCACUGAUGAAAUGAAUGCUUUGCUGACUGAAGCUUUCACAAGGGAGGAGGUGAUUUGUGCCCUCAAACACAUGCACCCCACAAAGGCACUCGACCCUGAUGGUAUGCCCACUCUCUUUUAUAAAAAAUUUUGGGACGUUGUUGGUGAUGAUGUUGUGUCGUAUGUGCUUGAUAUUCUGAAUAAUAAUGCCCCGAUUGACCCGAUUAAUCACACCCAUAUUGUUCUUAUUCCCAAAAAUAAUGAAUGUGACUCCACCAAGGACUAUCAACCAAUUAGCUUGUGCAAUGUUCUCUACAAGCUUGUGUCUAAGGUACUUUCAAACAAACUAAAACUCAUUUUGCCGAGUGUUAUUAGUGAAAAUCAAAGUGCCUUUGUGCCCGGAAGACUAAUUAUGGAUAAUGUGCUUGUGGAAUAUGAGAUAUUCCAUUAUCUCUGUAAAAAGAAAUCUGGGAUAAGAGGAUACAUGGCUAUGAAAUUAGACAUGAGUAAGGCAUAUGAUCGCAUGGAGUGGGGUUUUAUUGAGGGAAUGAUGCUAAAUCUGGGUUUCAACCAUAACUUUGUGUCACUUAUUAUGAGGUGCCUCUCUUCGGUCUCUUAUUCCAUCCUUGUUAAUGGUUUCUUGACAUCGAGCUUUGUACCUAGUAGAGGUCUCCGUCAAGGAGACCUCAUAUCUCCUUUCUUGUUCCUUAUAUGUGCCGAGGGGUUUUCUGCGCUCCUUCGUAAUGCUGAGCAAAGUCGCAUGGUUCAUGGGGUGAAACUUGUCAGGAAUGUUGACCCGAUAUCACUUGAAAUGCUUCAAUUGAAGUUGAACUUUACGAAAGUUGAAGGACACGAGAAAUAUCUUGGUCUCCCUACUUAUAUAGGCCGAUCCAAGAAAGUUGUUUUCCAGGUUAUCCAAGAUCGAGUGUGGAAGCAGUGGGGACAAAAAGAUGGGGAAAGAAAACUUGUGCUGAUAAGAUGGGAUAAGAUGUGCAAAUCGAAGAAAAAGGGAGGUUUGGAUUUAAGAGACAUGAGAGCCUUUAAUUCAUCAUUGCUUGCAAAGCAAUGUUGGAGGAUUGUUAAGAACCCUUUUUCCCUGGCUGCUAGGGUCCUAAAAGGUAAAUACUUCCCUCGCACUUCAUUCUGGGAAGCAAAUGUCCCACCUUCGGCAAGUUAUACUUGGCGCACUAUUAUGAGUGCAAGAGAACUUUUGAAAGAAGGGUCGAAUCGGGUAGUGGGAAAUGGCAAAAGUAUUAAGAUUUGGGGAAAUUAUUGGGUGCCGAGUCUGCCUGGGUCGAAGCUUUUUUCUCCUCCAAGCUCUAAGAAUGACAGUAGACUGCUAGUCUUGGAAUGGAUCGAUGUUAAUGAAGAAGGGCAUAAAUUUUGGAAUAUGGGGCAGUGGAAGGGCACUAAAAAUGGCGAGUUCACUGUCCGUUCAGCAUACCACUUCGAGUUGCAAAGAAGCAAGAGUAAUGCAGGACCUUCAAAUAUUGUCCCUGAUGUUAAGCUGUGGAGAAAGAUCUGGGAGGCGAGUGUCCCCCCUAAGGUGAAAUCGGUGACGUGGCGAGCUGUACGAGGUGGUCUUCCGCUCUCACCUCUAAGAAUUGACACAAGUAUCGGGGUUAAUUUUUCUGCCAAGGAGUGGAGCACUGAGAUGAUGCAAAAGCUCACUAUGAAUAAAGGAUGGGAAAUUUUCAUGAUGUUUUGGAGGAAGAUAUGGGACUUGAGAAAUCUGUGGACUUUUGAACAUAAAAAAGUGGAAGCCCCUAUUGCGUGUGAAAGAAUGCUCAGCUUUCUUGGUGAGUUUGAAGCUGCGACCUUGCGUGAAACUACAGCACCAAGCACAGCAAAUAGUGGCAGUGAGCACACAUGGAUUCCCCCUCCUCAUGGUGUGUACAUGCUGAAUACUGACGCAGCUCUCUCAAAGAAGGGCAGAAUUGGUCUUGGCAUGGUGGUCCGUUUGACAAUCUUGGUGAUGUGA